GCCUCAAGUGAUUCCUUCAAUCCCAUCCCGUUUUGCGUCUCUUGUUUCCUGUUUGUCCUUUUUUUUUGCGGAGCAGUCAUCAUGUCGGGCAUCACCAGAACUGCCAACCUCCUCUUCCGCACCACCCGGGCGUCCCUCCUCCGCCCUCGUGGUGUGAACCCCGUUCACUAUGCGCUCUCUAAGGACAGGCAGACCGUCCGUGCUAUGGCGACUGCGUUCGAGCGUACCAAGCCCCAUGUGAACAUUGGUACCAUUGGCCACGUCGAUCACGGCAAGACCACUUUGACCGCUGCCAUCACCAAGCACCAGGCCGGAAAGGGUCUUGCUACCUUCCUCGAUUAUGGUUCCAUUGACAAGGCUCCUGAGGAGCGCAAGCGUGGUAUCACCAUCUCGACCGCCCACAUCGAAUUCUCCACCGACUCCAGGCACUAUGCCCACGUCGACUGCCCCGGUCACGCUGAUUACAUUAAGAACAUGAUUACUGGUGCCGCCAACAUGGAUGGCGCCAUCGUUGUCGUUGCUGCUUCCGAUGGUCAGAUGCCCCAGACUCGUGAGCACUUGUUGCUUGCCCGCCAGGUCGGUGUCCAGAAGAUCGUCGUGUUCGUUAACAAGGUCGAUGCCAUCGAUGACCCUGAGAUGUUGGAGCUUGUCGAGCUGGAAAUGCGCGAGCUCCUCAGCAGCUACGGCUUCGAGGGUGAGGAAACCCCCAUUAUCUUCGGUUCUGCUCUGUGCGCCCUGGAAGAUCGCCGUCCCGACAUCGGUGCUGAGCGCAUCGAGCAGCUCAUGGAGGCUGUCGACACUUGGAUCCCUACCCCCGAGCGUGACCUUGACAAGCCCUUCUUGAUGUCUGUUGAGGAAGUGUUCUCUAUCCCUGGUCGUGGAACUGUCGCUUCCGGCCGCGUUGAGCGUGGUGUUCUCAAGAAGGAUAGCGAAGUUGAAAUCGUUGGAGGUUCUGGUGACGCCAUCAAGACCAAGGUCACCGAUAUUGAGACUUUCAAGAAGUCUUGUGACGAAUCUCGCGCUGGUGACAACUCCGGACUUCUCCUCCGUGGUAUCCGCCGUGAAGACGUUCGCCGUGGUAUGGUUAUUGCCGCCCCUGGCACUUCCAAGGCCAACAAGAAGUUCCUGGUGUCCAUGUAUGUCUUGACUGAAGCUGAGGGUGGCCGUCGCAACGGCUUCGGUGUCAACUACCGUCCCCAAGCCUACAUUCGCACUAGCGGUAAGUCUAGCUUUAUCGACAACAACCCUAAACCGUGAACAACUCUCUAACGAAGACUAUAGAUGAGGCUGCUGAUCUCACUUUCCCCGAUGGAUCCACCGACCGCCGUGUCAUGCCUGGUGACAACGUCGAGAUGGUCCUGGCCCUCAACCGUCCCGUUGCUGCGGAGGCGGGCCAGCGUUUCAACAUCCGUGAGGGUGGCCGCACUGUUGCCACUGGUCUGAUCACUCGUGUCAUGGAGGAAUAAAUGACUACUUUGUACUAAACGAAAAGUGUUGAUCUGGGUUCCUUGGUGUUUACAGCUUGCAGUGCAGGAAUUCGCGAAGGGAUCCGGAAUAUUGGUGCACCAGGACGGUGGCUGUGGUUUCCCGGAGUUCUUGAGUCAUAUUCACAUAUCUGUAUUUUAUUAAACAUGUAGACUUUUUUUUUUA